AUGGCACAGGGUCAGGAACAAACAUUUGUUGAGCUGCAGAAGCGAUUAAAGGAACUAGAAGCUGAGCGCAACAAUCUCACAGAGGCACUGCGACGCCAGACAAAUGAACUUGAAUAUAGUAAUGACCGAGAGGAGCGACUAAAAAGGGAGUUGGAGGUAUCGCAGCAAAGAGUGAAGACAUUAGAAGAAAACAUUGAGGCAGAAAGGGCUGCACAUCUGGAAUCAAAAUUUAACUCUGAAAUUAUUCAGUUGCGCAUCCGAGACCUUGAAAAUAUGUUGCAAGUGGAAAAGUCCAGCCAUGCAGAUGCAGCGUUAAAUUUGGACUUGAUCAAACAGCAAUUCAGAGAUAUAGAACUCUCAUAUGAAAGGGAGAAAUCAAAAGCUACAGAAACUACUAAUCGAUUACAAAAAUUACAAAAAGAAUUUACAGAAACAAAACAACAAUUGACAGCAGAAAUUGAAGAAAAGAAUAAUAUGAUUGCUGACCUUUCAAAAAUGCUUCAAGGCCAUGAGGAAAGUUUUGAAAAUCUUCAGGAUGAGCUAACAAAAGCAAGGAAACGGCAGGCUUUCCUGGAAGAAACAUAUGGGGGCAGCAUGAGAGAGCUCGAACUCCUUUUGGGCAAUUUUGCUGUGUCAGGCCUAAGGACAUCAGGCAGUCGCAAGGACAAAGAAAAACCGUUAAGCCCCUCUGUCGUCCUUGAGAAUUUGAGACAAACCUUGACAGAUUACCAGAGCAGGCUAGAAGACACGUCUAAUGAGCUGAAUAAAAUGAAAGAUUUAUAUGAGAAGAUAAAUGAGCAAUGUGAAGCUUACAAAGAGUUAAUCUGGUCGCAGAAUGAAAAUCGCGAGAAAGUUCAUGAAGACCUGACAGCAGCUAAUAAAAAGUUAAAUCAUUGGCGCAGUGAAUGUUCUGAGAAAGAUGCACUGAUUGACGCUAUGAGCAUGGAACUACAAAAUGUGAAACAUAGCUUUGAGAGAGAGAAAAAUUCUGUUGCUGAGGCUAAAAAUGAAAUUCAAAAACUUGCAAGGGCACAUCAAAAGGAUACAGAGGAGAAGCUGACCUUCCUUCAUAGUUUGUACCAGCGACUAGUAGCAGGCUGUGUCGUCAUGAAGCAACCAAAUGGCCUGUUGGCGAAAUUUUCUUGGCCAGAGCUUUGCACAAUUCUGCAAGAGAACAUUGACAUCCUUACUUCAGAUCUGAACAGGGCUAAUGAAAAGGAGUUGGAGAGAGCAUUUUGGGUGAAAGGAUCGCAGGACGUGGGGGAAAAGCUGAACGAUUGA